AUGUCCAAAGCAGCCGCCAAGAAGAUAGUCGUCUGCGGCGGCAAUGGCUUCUUGGGCUCACGCAUCUGCAAGUUCGCCGUAGCAAGAGGCUGGGAUGUCACGUCCAUAAGUCGCUCUGGCGAGCCAAAAUGGUCCGCCGUCACAUCCUCCUCAACACCACCAUCAUGGGCACACAAGGUCUCAUGGGAGUCGGCAGACAUCUUCCAGCCCACCGCAUACGCCCCACUCCUCAAGGGCGCAGACUACGUCGUCCACUCCAUGGGCAUCCUGCUCGAGGCAGACUACAAGGGCGUAGUGUCAGGCCAGGAGUCGCCCAUCGCCGGGCUGCGCAAGGCCUUCGACUCGACGCGGGGCAGCCCGAACCCGCUGGAGCGCGAGGGCGGCAGCUACAAGCCCCCCGAGAACGCCAAGCAGCUGACCUACGAGAACAUGAACCGCGACUCGGCGGUGCUGGUGGCGCGCGCCGCCGACGGCGAGGGCGCGUCGGCCUUCCUGUACGUCAGCGCGGCGGGCGGCGCCCCCGUGCUGCCGCGGCGCUACAUCGACACCAAGCGCGAGGCCGAGUCGCUCAUCGCCAGCGGCUUCCCGCGCAUGCGCGGCGUCUUCCUGCGCCCGCCCUUCCUGUACGAUGCCAGCCGGCCCUUCACCAUCCCCAUGGCCGCUAUGACGGGUGUCGGGGCAGUCGUCAACAGCCUGACACGAGGCGUACUGGACGGCUUCAUGGGCGCUGCUGGGGCGAAGCCUUUGAAGGUUGAUCUUGUGGCGCAGGCGGCUGUGGAGGCGCUGAGUGAUGAUGCGGUCAGAGGGCCGGUUGAGGUACCGGAGAUUGAGGAGCUGGCGAACAAGGGGUGGCGGAAGGAUAUGUUGUAG